AUGGCCCCUAUUGGCAAGACUCUUCUCUUCCUGGCUGCUAUGACCAGCUCUGCUAUGGCGGAGCACGUGAGGGUCGUCUUCUCCGCCGGUGACUUCUCUACCAUCUCUGGCCCAGAUGGGGGCAGCAGCCAAAGUGGCCACUACAGUGGCUUUGCCAUUGUCAGAGAUAACGGAGAUGCUAUCUACAACAACGGUAACCCCGAUGACCACAGCCCUUGCUACAGCACCGGUGGCGGCCGGACCUUUACCAUUGAAGGCGACUGCUGGGCCAGCCCCCGUACAUUCCACUGCGAGGCAGACUUCGCUGGUCACCCUAAGACCUGCGAGGUCAAGGACCAGAACGGCAAUAGCCUAGGCACCGGCGAGGGACAGACCGACACCACUUUCAUUGGCAUUUCUAUUGGACAAGACGCGAGCUGUGUCGUUGAAUUUGACACGGACGAUGUCCAGGGCAACUCCUGCCCGGUUGAUGAUGGCAACGGUCCUUUGCACGUUACUUCUGGCUAA